CCUGCGAUUAUGAUCACUCCAGGGGUUGAGACGAAUCACUAAUAACUGUGGCUAUCGUCCAAAGCGUCUGACUCGACGCUGCUCUCCAGCUCAAACGCCACCAAACUGUCCAAAAAGUGGAGCAGAACUGCGCUCUGUUUAUACCGCAGCCUCGUUACGAUGACAUUCACAAACUCCUCCGUGGAUUUUUUCUCGCAGUUCUUUAUCUUGCAGAAUUUCUCCAUGUAUUUUAAUUUCUCUUUGGACUCGAUGUACGACAGAGGAUCGAACUACGAGUCAGAAUCCCACAGACCGACCAUCAGAGCCCUGCUCGUCGUCGCGUAUUCCGUUAUCAUCAUCAUCUCGCUCUUCGGAAACGUGGUGGUUUGUCACGUUGUUAUUAAGAAUAAACGGAUGCACUCGGUGACAAGUUUGUUCAUCAUGAACUUAGCCAUUGCUGACAUUCUUAUCACUCUCCUCAACACACCUUUUACUCUGGUUCGGUUUGUUUACAGUACAUGGGUGUUUGGGAAGGCAAUGUGCCAUGUCAGCCGCUUCGCACAGUAUUGUUCAGUUCAUGUUUCUGUUCUUACACUGGUUGCUAUUGCUAUUGAUAGACACCAGGUGGUGAUGCAUCCAAUGAAACAGAGGAUGUCUCGGCUUCAGGGCAUAGCCUGGAUUGGUGUAAUCUGGGUCAUGGGGUCCUGCUUCUCUCUACCUCAUGCCAUCUACCAGAAACUGUUGCGCUUUGAAUUCAUCAAUAACAGAGUACGGAUGGUAUGUCUGCCCAGCUUUCCUCAUCCCUCCGAUCUCUUCUGGAAGUAUCUGGAUCUUGCCACCUUCGUCCUGCUCUACGUAUUGCCGUUAGCCAUUAUCUCCUUAUCGUACCUUGUGGUGGCCAAGAAGGUCUGGUUCCAGAACGCUGUCGGUGAUGUCACGCUGGCCCAGUCGGCCGCUCAUCGCAGGAGGAAGAAGACCACUUUGAAAAUGCUAAUCGCGGUGGUGGCCGUGUUUGCAGUAUGUUGGUUUCCUCUAAACUGUUACGUUGUGCUGCUGUCAAGUAAAGUGAUCCAGGCUAACAAUGCCCUGUACUUCAGCUUUCACUGGCUGGCCAUGAGCUCCACCUGCUACAACCCCUUUAUAUACUGCUGGCUCAAUCACAGCUUUCGCGCCGAACUAAGAGCCCUGCCUCUAAUUGGCCGUAUAGCCAAGGGCAAUGCCAUCCAGCAAUCCUAAGGAAGCACUCAAGAUUUUGCCGUUCUGAUUUUUAUUUUAAUAUACCUUUGUUUCAUAAAUGCAUAUUCUCAUAUGAAAGUACUGUAGCGGAUUAUCCAUCUAAUCCUAGUUAUUUCUCAUACUUAUGCCACCCACAGCUCACAUUUAGUCCUCUCCAUCUUAGUGAAAAUUACACAUAAACCCAUGUCCUUUGAAAAAGACAGAUUUUCAUGGGCAUGGUGAAAAUAAUAUAGAAGGUAUAAGAUGUUAAAUAGAAACUAUGCUCUUUUUUUCAAGAAAAAAACACAUAGUGGAACACACUACAUGGCUUUUAAAAUCAUUCAGUCAUUCUGAACAAAAAUAUUAAUAAUGGUAGUCUUAUAGUAAUGUGUUCCUUAUUGCUUGGAAACGUAUGACAAGUGAAAACAAUAUGUGUUCUGAAAUCAGCUUGGAAUAUCAAACUUGUUUUAUACUUGCAAUUAUAGUCUGAAGCUUUAAAAAAAAGAUACAUCUCUGCCUGUCAUAUGCUAUAUGAUUUUCUGUGAAAUCUGCCAAAUACGGCUGCCCAAAAUCAGCAGAUUGUGUAUAAUAUCUGGCAGCAAGCUUUGACUCAUACAGACUGCAAAUUGGGGCUAAAAUUAUGUAGUAUGCUCCUGCCUUUGAAGAGGCGUUUUAAUAGCACAACAUCACAAACAGAAUCAUAUAAAAGUGAGUGAAUAUAGAAGAUGUUCAUUUUGUUUUCAGGUUGGAAACUACUGAAUGAGAUCUUCGGGCUGAUUUAUGAUAGCUCAAUGUAACAGCUAGCCUGUUAUUUAACUAUAUUCACCUUCUUUGCACUAGAAUGAUUUCAUAUCAGGGUGUAUUUAUUUGUUUAUUUAUGAAUGUGUUUUUUCUAACACGUUAGCCAUAUUUCAUUAAUUUAUCUCCAUGCAUGAGUAAUUCUCAGGCAGCACUGUAUUAAAUGUAUGGAUAUUGUUACAAUUUAUCAAUAAUGUUUACAUUACUUUUAGAUGGUAAAAUAUGAAUAUAGCUAAAUGAAUUGCUAUUUCAUGCACUUGUAUCCCUCUAAAUAUUUCUCUCUCAGUGAGCAGCUGGUAAUAGCAGCUGGUAAAAGUUUUUUGGGGGGCUGUUAUAGAGGUAAAAUGUUUCAUAUAAAAAGCUUAACAGCUCCUGCAGAAUGCUCUGUUCUGGACCAACCAAUCUGGGCUCUUUUAUAUAUACUGCUAGAAGAUUUAGUACAGACUGCAAAUUAAUUGGGUGGCCAGGUCUCAGGUUUGAGCUCAUGUUCAUUAUGUUCACCAAGUAGAUAUGAAUUUAUCCCCCACACAUAAUAACUGUGAUUUUGAAGCCAUUUUGACCACUAGCCUUUAUCUGACAGUGCUAAUUAUUGCCACUGGUUUAUGACAUGCAACGGAUCAAGUCUUGAAACUGUGCAAAAAACAUUUGGCUCAUCUUAUGUGCAAAGAGUAUGUAAAAGAUAAAGCAGCCCCGCAUAAACAAAACCUGUUCAUCAAGUUGUUUAUCUACGCGGACCAGGUGUUAAUGUACUGUACUUUACUGACGUGAUGCAGCUACAGUAACAUGGUUGGUAAUCGGAAGGUAACUGGCUCAGUUACCACAGAUAUUGUGACCUUCAGCAGGGCCCUUAAGCCUGGAGCAGCCACAGGAGACGGUCACUAUAAUGUGCAAUUUAAGAUGCUUUGGCUACAAUUGCCUGUUAAAUUGCUACUUGCAUACAAAUAGCACAGGCAGGCAUCUGGAGCAACAUUUAGAAAAUGACUACUUGCUUACUUACUGCUUACUUGCUAUUCCAUCUUGGGUAAAAUAGGGGAAAUGAUUUGCAGAUGGUGUGAUACAAUUGUAGGAUGUACUACCUAAUACCUAGUAUUCUGACUGAGUCAGAAAUGUAGUCUUCUGAUUACUACAUUUCUUAAUUGAUUUUAGUACUUGCUUUGGCUCCAUUAAGCAGUUCUAAAUAUUCUCUUAUCUUAUGCAUUUUAAACAUGCAAGUGUUGUGCUUUGUGCAUGACAUCACUUUACUUCAGUUUCUGUUCUGAAUCUUAGAAUUAUUUCCUAAAUUAAAGUGCCCCUAUUAUGGGUUAUUAUAGGGUAACAGUUCAAGUUUUGGUUUUGGGAGUCCCCUACAACAGGUUGAUGUGCAUGCAACGUCAAAAAACACUGUCAUUUUCUUGUAAUAUGCAUUUAUUUUUACCUUAUUUGUUCAAGGACUCCCAAAAGAUGAUCCAUUUUUUCUAAGCCCUCCUUUUUGUGAAGCUAAUCUGUGUUGAUAGGUCGAUUUUAUUUGAAGCAGUAUUUGUGAGCUUUUAAAGCUCCACAAGCGGCACCUAAUGGCAAAGAAUGAUUUUAUAUUUUAAAUGUGAAAAUCGCUUCAUUGUGAAAACGACUUGGGGCUCGUUUUAAAAAGGACUUGUUUCAAUGAGUCAGAGUCGACUCUUCUUUUUGAUAGACAACGUUAGAGACAACUUCAUUUUAGAGAUAUUAAAACGAAUUUAAAACGUUGGGGGAUGUUUUCAUUCACUUAGAACUGUGCCAUACACUACAUGAAAAAUACAUAAUAGCGCCACUUAAAAAAAAAAAAGAUUUUUUCGUGAAUUACCUCAGCAACUGCACCAAUUAUGUGGUGCCUUAGCAACAUGAGUCAUUAUUUUAGUGUAUUCAUUUAUUAUGUGGGUUUUUUUUCACACUAUGAAAAUAAGAAGUAAUCAUAUAUUACCAUAUUAAAUUAAAGAAAACAAAACUGCUAUUACCUUAAUUGUUUGCAUAAUUUAUAAAUCUGUUGCAUUUUUCAGAGCACAAAAUAAAAUAAUACACAUAAGUAAUACAUGUUUUAAAGGAGCAACAUGUUGUAGCACAAAUGAUUAUAUCCAAAUAAACAUUUAACUAGAUAUCAAAGUUUGUCUGAAAUUUCAGGUCAAUUACUGUGAUUUUAGAAAUCUAAAGGCAAAUUUAAGAAGAUGGAGAAUGACCUCAUCCAAACCCUGGUAUACUCACACAUAUCAAAAUCUAAAGAAAUAGAUGACACGACAAGAUAAAAAUUACAAUUUGUUUAAAUGAAUUCAACCAGCCACCAUUUUGUGUAAAAAAAAAAAAAUAUAUAUUAAAUGUAAUGCUUUUUUAUGCCAUUGUGACAGAUGCUGUGCUUUGGGAAAAGUUUGUAAUAAAACAGCGUUCAAGUAAUCUUGUGCUUGCAUCUAUUGACAUCCAUCAGUCUUAAAAUCUAAAAAUAAACCAAAAGCACACUUAGUCCAAAAGAGAUUUGUCAAGCCUUUUGAGCUGUGCCAUUGCGUCUAGAAGAACAAGCCAGACAUCAUGCCAUUUGUCUGUCUAACAGAGGUAACACAGAGGUGACUUCUGCUGUAUUGCAUUAUCCUUAUAGGAUACUGUUGCCCAGUCAGUGGGUAUUUUUCUUUCAACUACUGCAAAAAGAAGCUUUUACAUUGAACAGAAGAACCAAAUGUAUUGUUGCACAGUUAUUUUCGAUGUGAUAAAUCCCUCUGUGUUGCUAUUUGAUCUCCGUGUGACGUCUCUGUGUGUGGGACACUGUUUGCCCACAGCACGCUGUGUGUGAGAUUUAAACAUCUUUCUGGAUUAUCACAAUUCUGCAAGAAUGAUUUGAUUGAACUUGAUUUCCCAGUUGCAGUGGGAAUUAUUUGCAGCUUUAAAUGUUAUGUGAUUUCUAUAGUUGUGAAGAUGUUAUCUGUCUGAAAUGAAACGAUAAACUGGUGGCGCUCAUUUAUGUGGUGACGCUAACAAUGUCAAUCUUGUGCCUGUUCCCCCUGUGCCUGUCUAUUUAAUGUUAUAUAUGUUUAUAUGUUUUUCAAGGAUGAUUAAUGCGUUUGAAAAUGUCAUGCUUUUAACUUCUAUAAUUUCUAUGUUUUUUUUUUUUGGCAUACAUUAUGUUGUGAUAUGUGUCCUAUUUGUGAUUUAUCACCAAUUCUUCUUCGAAAGGAUUUUCCAAAACAGCUGAAAAAAAAAUCUCACAGAGCAUUGCUUGCAUGUAUUAAUUAAAAAGACAAGCAAGUAUAAGGAUGUGUAGCAAAAGUCCAAAUGAUUUAAAUGGAUAACCAGCUGCAUUAGACUUUGAUCAUUUCUAGAAUCAUUAUUACAAAAAGCCUGUAUUUUCUGCGUGGUUGUAAUUUAAAUAAAUGAUUAAAAGCUUUUAUAUGUUGUGUCAAGUGA